AUGCCGUUUAAUCAUAAUAGCAAGGCAAAAAGACCAAAAUUCUUAUUGGACCUGCAAAUCAAAGAAUUGGUAAAUAUUCCUCAAUCUUCUGGUUACUGCUACACAAAAUGGCGUCUGAAGGAUGGAACCGGGACGUCCGGACAUAAGAUCGCUCUGGAUGGUGAGCAUCAAUCUACUUCGACCCAGAGUAGAGGUACAACAAAACAUGUACAUGUGCAACAUCAUAGAGCACAAUGGAAUUAUUCACUGGACAAACCAAUCCUGGUGAAGCUUCACUUAGAUAAAAAUGGCUGCUUCCUGAAGAAAAUAUUAGUGUUGGAUGUUUUUUUUGAGUUUGCCGAUGCAAAUUCCGCGUUGACUUCUAGUUCUAGUGCCAAUGGUAAAGUGAAGAAAACCACUUAUGCAAACGCCACUGCACUAACUGCCACAGGAAGCAAUUCAUAUUCUCAAAAGAUAACGGGUAAGCUCCUAUUAGGAACAGUAGACAUAGAUAUAACGGAAUAUGUUAAAGAAGACGAAAAUCCCACAACAAACAGAUUUCUCCUGAAACACUCAAAGGUCAAUUCUAUUAUCAACGUCUCAUUACAAUUAAAAUUAGUUAGAGGCUCUUACGAAGACUUUAACAUUUCCAAAUCGUUUACUAAUGGCCAGCUUGCUAAUUUUAGGCCAGGAAUAAAUACUAUACUAGACAACACAUCCGAACUUUCUAGCCCUACUUCGACAACAAACCAGAUAUCACCAAAGAAUACAUUCUCUAAUAUAAAUGGUAUUGGCACAACUGUAGCGAAACCUAGCACGAAUGGGACAGGAAAUAGCACAAGCCUCAAAUCACCGACAUCUACCAACAACAAGAGUAGCGAAGCGACAUCAAAGCCAGGACUUUCCACAACAAUAUCGUCCUCCAUGAGCCCACUAAUUGAGAACUUGUACCAGAAGACGUUCAAACUACCUUGGGAUCCAAGACCAGGUGAAUUUACACCGAGAGAAUGUGUGGAAGAUAUUUUACAAGGUGGAAACGGUUGGGCUAAGAACGAGAAGGGCAUAAACCUAAUCGAUUUACAGGCAUUGAGGUUGAAUGAAAUGGAAGAAGAGUACUAUAAUCCAAAUUAUGGCAAUAACCCCGGGAACAAAGCAAGUAGUUGGCCUCCAAAUCCAAGUGAUGAUGGUUACAGUACAAUGGGCAAAAGAGAGUAUUUGGAGAAAAAACAAAACUGGAGUCAUAUGUCGCGCGCACAACGUGCAAAACUGAGGACUCAUAAUGACGAGGAUCACGAAAAUACAGCUAAUAAUGAAGGGAGCAACGAGGAUAAUGACGUUGUCGAAGACAACAACCCCACAGACUUUUUAACGGAUAGAAUAAGAGAAAACAAGAAUUGGUCUAUAAUAACCUAA